CCUCUCUCUCUCUCUCUCUCUCUCUCCUCUCUCUCUCUCACACACACACACACUUUCUAGUCCUUUUUCACUCUUCUCCUACUUUCACUUAUAAUCUAUCAUUAUUUUAUCCAAGAUGAAAAACACGCGGAGUAAAUCAAUUGUCCAGUUUAUUAUUGUCAAAUUUGCAUAACAAAUUCCUCAAAGUUGAAUUAUCGGACAGGGAUCCAGUUAAGAAGAAUCAUAUUUAUCGAAGAGUGAGCUGACCAGGAGAACUUCUAUUUAGUGUUUAUUAAAGGAUUUCCUACUUUUUUCAUAUGAACUAUAAAGUUCUUGCAGAGAUAUUUAACCAUCAUGACAUCGUUCGUAUUCUAUAUACUUACUUUUUGCCAAAUAUUAUCGUUCCACCGCUAUAUCUUCGCUUGUGCUUUCGUACCAAACUGCACGUCAUCCUCCAGCAUUCUUAAACUAAGAAUUGGUUUGAUAUCAGUCGGCCAGUGGAUGAGCACUUUCCAAGUUUAUCUUAUUCAUAAUAAUACGUUAAAGAAUUGUCGCAUUAGACCCACAUACAAUAAAGUAAUGGAUGAGGAAUAUUUAAGAAUGCCAGAAAAUGGAUGGAGAGGAAUUAGAAUAUCUCUGCUAAAAGAAAUUGGAACUGAUGAAUUUGAAACACCUCUCUUAAUAAUCGGACCAUAUUAUGCCAAUCUUGCUAUGAUACUAGACGAAGUAAAUAUGCCAUAUAUAGUGACAGACGAAAAAGGAAACCACUGGGCUGAUCGCAGUCGAACACAAGAUAACAUACGCUGGAAGAACACCAUAUAUAUUCGACCUCCCGCCCGAGAGCAGAAUAAAGCUGUUGUCGAUUUGUUUGCGCUUAAGAAAUGGGACGGUGGUGUAAUGAUAAUGCCGGCUAAUAAGGAAGAUAAUUAUGAAUGUCAAGACUUAGCGAACCAGAUGUUAUAUGCAGGGAAAUAUCUGGUAAAAUAUACCAUCAACACAACGUCUCAAGAUAUUAUGGAACUGAGAAUAAGUUCUGUCAUAAAAAAUUCAUUGUACAUGACACAGACACGAUAUAUUGUAUGCAGCCCGCGAGAAUCUCGACACAACCUGAGCCAAACAUUUCUAAAUCAGGCGAAAGAUUUUUCAUUAUUAAAAGAUGAAAACCGGGUAUUUGUGUUCAUAGAUCCAACAUCUUCUUUUGAACCUCUAUCAGGAAAUAAUUACUUCAAAAUGAAAUUGUAUGCAGUAAAAUGUAAGUUAUUCACUUUUCGGUACAUCAAAAUGGACAGCUUCGAUAUGCACCCCCAGAACGCCGUAGCAAAGGAUGUAGCGGAAAUUACUAGAAGAGCUCUUCUUACUUAUGCACCCCACCACAAAGGAAAUUUUAAUACAGCUGAGUUUAUGCAAAAGUUGAAAUCAGUGGUGAUUGAAGAUGGUAAAACAGGAUGGAUUGCUUUUAACGCCACUGGUGAGCGGAAAAACUAUUCCUUACAUCUGUACCAACAUAGUCAAGAUAACAAGGCGAUCGGAAUAUGGACGCCAGAUAAGAAUUCUUCUCGAGAAAGGCUGACAUUCAUUGAAACAAACAACAGUGAUUCCAUUCGUUCGAAGGGCUUGUUUGCCAAAACACAGAUUAUAAUGGCUGUAGAGGAGCGACCGUUUGUAUUCAAAACAAAUGGAACAAAUGGAAAUUAUACCGGAUUUACAAUUGAUUUGAUAAAUGAGUUAAAACGCCGGUUAUCGUUUAAAUACGAAUUAAAGAUCGUCGAUUCUUAUGGAAUAAAGGAUUCAGAUGGUAAUUGGAAUGGAAUGAUUGAAGCCAUCAGAACAAAUCAAGCUGACCUCGGAGUUGGGGCUUUAUCAGUGACAUCUGAACGAGAUAAAGUUGUUGAUUUUAGCCUUGGAAUAAUGACAACUGGUAUAACCAUACUUAUCAAUAGGCCACGAGGAACUCAGCACAUUUUCCAGUUUCUUGUGUCCUUCUCAACACAUUUAUGGAUGGCAAUAUUCGGCACGGUGGUUGGCGUGAGCAUUUUGUUUAUUAUACUUGAUUAUCCUAAUCAAGAACGUAAGUUUACAGUUAAAGAGACACUGUGGUUCUCAAUUGGCACACUCAUGACAAGAGGGACCGAUUUUUCACCAAAUCGAACUUCACAACGAAUUCUAACAGCGGGUUACACUUUCUUCGUUUUAGUCAUUGUUUCUACUUACACAGCGAAUUUAGCUGCUUUCCUUACGAUGCCGAGUUUGGAAAAACCUAUAAACUCUCUGGAAGAUCUCGAAGUAUCUUCUAUGCCAUGGGGCACAGUAAAAGACUCUAAUACAAUGUCAGUAAUACGUAAUAUGUACCCUAGGCUCUAUGACCGAAUGGAGGAGAAAGGGGUAUUUUUGAAUGCAACUGCUGCGAUCGAAACCGUCAACAGUUCCGUCUUUGCGUUUGUCUUCGACUACCAAAUUAUUUCUCAUGCUUCGAUGACUUAUUGUGAUACUCUCAAAGUUGGUACACCUGUAUUCAUUAUGGAACAUGGCAUUGCUAUGAAAGAAAAUGCUCUCUACAAGACAAAAAUUAAUAUUGAACUCUUAAAAAUGAAGGAAGAAGGACUGAUCGAGAAAAUGAACAAGCGGUGGUGGCAGGAUCUUAAUCGAUGUCAUAAAAAAUCAGAUAAAUUGCGUUUGGAACAAUUUGAUGUAGGCCACGUUGCUGGUGCCUUUAUCAUGCUUUGUGGGGGGCUUGUAUGUGCCACAGCAUUUUUUCUCUUCAAGAAGUUUUAUCUAAAAUCGAAGGUUUUAAUAGCGCAACAAGGAAUCAUGGUCGGUAAAAACAGAGUGUUUUUAAGCAAAGUACCGAAGUAAAACUGAACACAAAAGAAUUAUCCGCACAUAUUUAAACAAACAUUCAGUGAAACCCUGAAUAAUUUCAGUUAUUUUUCUGAUUUAUUUUAUUAUCCAGUAAUUCAUUUUACCCCCACUAUUAAAAAGGCAUAGUCACACGUUAGACUGGAUAGAAGCUGAUGUCGCUUCAGUUAAUUAACUUUUUUAUUUGUGUAUUAAUACAAUAGUUACUACACACCUACCUAUAUUUCGUGACACGCUCCAAACUAUGGAACGCAAUCGAAGACAUAAUCUGAUAGAUAUCAUUUAUAUUUCCAUGAGACUAAGUAUUUUAAAUUGGUCUUUCCCCGAUUAUUGGAAUGCCUUCAAGGAUUUAGCCAGUAAUUAUUUUUUAGUUUGGUACUUAUUUCAUCAAUGUGUAUAUGUCGAACGUCACCUUAUGAUGCCUCAACAACGUAUGCUAAUUCAAACGGCAUAAACAUAUGAGCACUCACGCAUACAAACCUCCAUAUAUAUAUAUAUAUAUGUAUAUAUAUAUAUAUAUGCGCACACAUGCAUGCAUGCUUACAUACAUACAUACAUACAUACAUACAUACAAUGAGAUUUCAAGCUGUUUUUAAUCUAACAAAUUUUGCAUAAAUUAUUUAUCUACUCGACAUUAUAGUAGAAAACACUUGCCCGAGUUGCUAUGCGGUGGGACCAAACCAAAAACAACAAGGUUAAGAAGCAAACUUUUUAGUUAUGCCGCCAUCCCUACUUGUGUAUAAGUGAUAUGAUUCUGAAGAAUCAUCAGCUCAGUGAAGCAGCUAAUGUAUUUCGUUCGUUGUGACUCUGUUCAAAUCUAGCCGUAGGAACUUUUCUCUGAUAUGAAAAUAUGGAUGUAAUGCAGCUUAUUAAAGUUUUACGAAUGUAGUUUUCCAAUAGCAGAAUAAUUUCAUAGAUAGUUUAUGUCUUCGAUUUUAUUCCAUAGUAAUGAUAACAUCAUUCAAGGUAGGAGUAGCCAAUGUAUAACAAGGAAUAGUGCUUUCAGAAAUGUUGUCAUCUAAGACUGCACAUUCUGUACUACUUGUGUGGUUUUUUAUACCGUCUAAGAAAUACACAAUUUCUAAAGAAAUUGUGUAUUUCAAUAUAUAAUUUCAAAAGAAACAAUGUAUGUAUUCCAUUGUUCUUUAUACACUUCCACCUAUCUAAUGGUUUUCAAAACAACCGUGGAAUUUCCACGGGUGCAGUUAGUUAUAUAUUAAUUAAAUGUUUCUAACUAGAUGUGUAAUACACAUCGUAGCUUCUUUCAUCCAUCAAAUAACUUCAAAAUAUAAAUAUAAAUCAAUUAAAACUUACUGAACAAAAGACAUCAACUUCUUCACAAAGCAUUUUGAACCAGUGACUGAAUUGAUAUAAUAAAGAUGGUGAUUUUAGAAUGAAUUAGAAUACAAUGUUUGCUUUUUCUGGUGGCUUACAUUGAUAUUCGGAAUUUCUAUAUUUCUGCAUACAUCUAACAAUCAAUUCUUUAACAUUCAAGAUUAAUAUAUAUUUUUAGAGACAGCCUUAAGUUAAUGCUUACUUGAAAUUGUUGUAGUUCUUGCCAUCCGAUAUAUGUAUAAGAUAAUACAUGGUAUUUUAUCAAUCGUGAAAUACGAUAUUUAUACCACACGUAACUGAAAAUUUUACGUUUGAAAUAUGUAUAUAUUUGUUUUCUACAAAUAACUUUCUA